AUGUACUACAAAGCAAAGAAGGAUAUCUAUGCUAGAAUGCUGAUAGAAGUUGAUGUUACUAAAACCAUUCCUCAGCAGAUCACAGUAGCAGAUCCUAAUGGAAGAACAUUUGUACAGGAAGUUGUGAUGGAAUGGAAACCACAGUAUUGUGACAAAUGCCAGAAGAUUGGAUAUCAUUGCAAAUCAGUAACACAGGAGGAGAUGCCAAAGAAGAAAAAGCCUUGGAAGAAAGUCACACAGACAUGGCAGUACAAAGGGCCAAUACAAGAGCAGGAGAAGACAGAUGAAGUCAUGGAGAAGCCUGGGGAAGAAGGGAAUAAUGUAGAGAAGGAGAUUCAAGAGCUAGAGAAAGAAGAGGUGCAGGAUUUUAAACAAACACCUGAGCUCAAUCUGAGGCCUCAGACUGGAAGUAAACAACUGGAGUUCAUCCUAGCAAAUUUUCCUAUACUAUCAGCUAUACCAAUUAGAAAUGGAUUUGAGAGCUUAAGGCAGAGUGAACUUGCUUCACUUCCUGUUGAUAGAGGAUGGAAGAUCAUACACAACUAUAAGGAGGCUGCAAAUGGGAGAAUAUGGAUAGUAUGGGAUGAUAGUUGGUAUGAGAUAAAGUUAUUAAAAAGUACUGCUCAAAUGGUCCAUUGUCAGGUUAAUGAAAGAAGCAAAGGUUAUCAGUUUAAUAUCACAGUGAUCUAUAGGUACAAUACUUCAGAAAUGAGGAGAAGCUUAUGGAAUGAACUGAAAAUGUUAACUCAUAGUGUUUCAGAACCUUGGAUCAUAAUAGGUGACUUUAAUGCUAUUUUAUCUCCCAAAGAUAGAUUAGAUAGAGUUCUUGUUACUUUGAAUGAGAUAAAGGAUUUUGAAGAAUGUGUUAAAGAUAUGGGAGUUACUGAAAUACAUUGGAAAGGUAACUACUAUACUUGGACAAAUAAACAGGUUGGUGCUGCCAGAAUUGCUAGUAGAAUAGAUAGAGCCUUUGGGAAUGAUUGUUGGAUGGAUAAAUGGGGGCAUGCUGUUCUAGAAUAUGGGAUUCCAGGAGUGUCUAAUCAUAGCCCUAUGCACUUGCUACUUCAGAAGAGUUAUCACCAUAUCAGAGUGGGCUUUAAAUUCUUUAAUGUGUGGGUUGAGCAUGAGUCCUUUAUGGAAAUGGUGGAUACAGUAUGGAAGCAGGAAUAUGGAAGUGAAGUAAUGAGAGGAAUAUGGUACAAGUUAAAGGCUCUCCAGCCAGUCUUGAGGCAAUUGAAUUAG